AUUAAAAGGGAAGACAAAGUGUAGAGCACAAAAGCGACUCUUCAAACAAAAACAAUAUUUCAUAUCUUCUAGUCCUUGAUUAACUAUAUUCAAUGGCGACACCAUCUUCACCAAAAAACUCAGUUUCUAUGAUGUUGUUAACUAUUGUCAUCACAACAAUGACCAUGAAUGUGAUGAUUGUAGGAGCAAGAUGGUGCAUAGCGAGGAGUAGUGCUAGCCCUAGUGCAUUGCAGGCAAAUUUAAACUUUGCAUGUGCACAUGGAGCUGACUGCAGAGCCAUUCAGCCAGGUGGAAGCUGUUAUGAACCAAACACCAUCCUAAAUCAUGCUUCAUAUGCUUACGAUAGCUACUAUCAACACAUGCUCAAAGCCCCCAGCGCAUGUAACUUUGGUGGAACAGCCACCAUUGCCGUAACUGAUCCUAGCUUUGGACGAUGUGUGUACCCUCCUCGAUAUUCCCAAAGGAAUGAUGAAGGAGCAAACACACCGAUCUUGAUGUCUGGAGAAGACAAGCAUAACGUAACCAUUUGAAGGGUUCAAGCUAAAGACUUUCUCCCGUAAACAUGCACAUUAAUAUUGUACAUGUACUUUUUAUAAGAAUAAUAAAUAAAAACAAUUUAAC